CCGCCCAGCUAUAUAAACCCCCCGUCCGCCCCACGCUCUUUUUUCUUCUCUUCAUCUUCAUGUUAAAGAGGUUCAUCUCACUUAGACCCUCUAUUUAUCUUCCCCGCCUAUACUCCACAAUGUCUUGUCCAUACAAACAACCCGCGCACCAGUUGACCAUGAUCCCGGGGCCAAUUGAGUUCUCCGAUGAGGUCUUGUAUGCCAUGUCGACGCCUUCGCAGUCGCACACCUCCACCGAAUUCGUCGCCACCUUCCUGUCCACCUUGAAGCAGUUGAGAAAGAUCUUCAAGUCGACUGACCCUAAGGCUCAGCCAUACGUGGUUGCCGGUUCCGGGACUUUGGGCUGGGACAUGGCUGCCUCCAGUUUGUUAGAAGCGGGCGACAAGGCGCUUGUUUUGUCCACCGGGUUUUUUUCAGACUCGUUUGCCGAGGCCUUGAGAGUGUACGACAUCAACGUUGAUGUCAUUUCCGCGCCGGUCGGUGACGUUGUGCCAUUGGCGAAGGUUGCAGAGGCUUUGCAGAAGACCAAGUACCAAGCCAUCACCAUCACCCACGUCGAUACCUCCACCGCGGUCGUUUCUGACAUCAAGGCGAUUGCUGCCAAGGUUAGAGAGUUGUCCCCGGAGACGUUGAUCAUCAUCGACGGUGUCUGUUCUGUGGGUGCCGAAGAUAUCGAGUUUGACAGCUGGGGCCUCGACUACGUGCUCACCGGCUCCCAGAAGGCCCUUGGCUGCCCAGCAGGCUUGUCUAUCUCCUUUGCUUCCGCCAGAGCCCAGGCAAAGGUGCUCAGCAGAGCCAAGCCGGCCACUUUCUUUGCCUCCAUGAAGAGAUGGACCCCAGUUAUGCAGGCCUACGAGGCCGGCAGCGGUGCCUACUUUGCCACCCCAGCCAUCCAGACUAUCACCGCCUUGAACGUGGCGUUGAAGCAGAUUUUGGACGAGGGUCUCGACGCCCGCUUGGCCAAGCAGGCCCAGGUCUCCGACAAGUUCAAGCAGGACUUGGCUUCCCUCGGCUUGCAAAUCGUCCCCGUCAGCACCAAGGUCGCGGCCCACGGGUUGACCGGGAUCUAUUUCCCAGAAGGUGUUGCCGGCGGUGACUUGUUGGCCAAGAUUGCCGGUAAGGGCAUUAACGUGGCCGGUGGGAUCCACAAGGAUAUCAAAACCAAGUACUUUAGAGUCGGUCAUAUGGGUGUGUCGGCCUACAGAGGUGAUGUCGGCCUUGUCUUGCAAGCCCUCAAGGAGGCUUUGGCCGAGUUGGGGUACAAGAAAUGAAGUGUUCGUCCUACAAAGCUUUAAGUGAGCCGAACAGGAAAAUAUCGUAUUUGGUAGGUUAUAGAAGCUUCUGCUUCGCUUGUUUUGUUGUAAAGCCUUGUAGGUUUGUGGUUUUCCAAUUGGUUGCGUCCGGAUGUAUAAAAGUUGCUUGGUUUAUAUCAGCUGUACCGUCU